AAAUUGAAAUUCAUGGCGGGAAACAUCUCUUCGUUUUGAUCCCAAAUUGAUAGUGACCACUGACCGAGUUACACACACAGGAAAAAGAGGCCAGUUUGAAGAAGAGAACAAUGUCGAAACUGGAGUACCCGCGCCUCCCACGCAACGAAAUAGUGUCAGUCCUCGCCGAAUACCAAAUCGCCAGCCUCUCCGAAUCCGAUUUGCUCCACCCCAACCCCGAUUUCAUCGCUAACCUCUACAAACGCAUCCUCUAUCACGUCGAUUUAUACCAGGAAGAGGACGGCCAAAUUGAUUUCGAGGCAUUACAGCAGUUCGAGAAUCCUGAUCUCUUCCUGGAUUCUAUACAGAUUAUGAAGUUGUUGCAGAAAAUUAGGGGUUUUGUGGCGGCUGUUCAUUGCCCUAGAAAAUUUAAUCUGAAGGAUCUUGUUAGGCCUGAUCCCGACCGCACCGAGUUCUUUCUCAGUGCCAUGCUCAAUUUUGUUCUCUACAGAGAAACGAAAAUGGAUAUUUUGAGCCCAAUAGUGGAAGAGCUUACAUUGAUUGAUGAGCAACGAAAAGAGUUGGAGGGAAAAAUUAUAGUGUUGAAUUCAGAGAUAGAAGAGCACGACAAAGCCAGAGAAAGUGAGGUCCCACUUGUUCAAGAAGUUGAAGCCAAAGUUAAAGAAUUGCGUCAGACUAUCCCUGGUCUUAACAAUCAUCAGAUGUCUCUAAAGGCUUCAAUUAAAAAAAUGAAGGAGAAUGCAAAAGAAAUGGAUGAGAAGAUUUCCAGUGCAGAGUUUGCUUUGGUGCAAGCUGUCCAAGAAAAUGCCAAUCUACGUUCCAAAAUCGUUCAGUCGCCAGAUAAAUUGCAGAAAGCACUAGAGGAGGGGAAGGCAAUCCUAGCCGAGGCAAAGAAUGCUGAAAGGUCAGCAAUGCUAUCUUUCCAGGAGAAGAGUUCAACUUUAGAAGUUUACACAAAGGCGUACGAGAAAAUGUCAAAGCACUUUGCUCAGAUGCAGGACAUACAAGAACAGGUAAACUCUGCAAAAGCAAUUGAGAAGGAAGUGAAGGUUCUAAAAUUAAAGCUGACUGAUGAGGGAGUAUUGGACAAGUCUCUUGAAGCCAAACUGGUGGAACGACAAGGCAAAGCGGCCCAGUUGGAUGAACUAAAAAAGCAGUUAGAAAAGGAAAGAGAGGUCAACUGUGAGGCAGCUACUAAAGAAUUGACAAAUGUGAAGCUUGAAGUAGAAUCGAGAAAGCAUGGGAAUGAAACAAGGCAGAGAAAUGUUGAAGCACUACUUACUGAGGUGGAUGCUAUAGAGGCUAAGAUCAAAUCAGCGAAAGAUUCUUCAGCUGCUAAACAGCACGAGCUAGGCUUGAAAUGUGAAGAGAUUGUGAAAGAGUUUUACCAAUACAAAAAUCGGCUUGAAGACUCAUGGGCACCCUUAGGAGCUACCCAGUUGAGCCUCAGCGACCAAUGAGGUUCAGCAACUGUACUACCUGUGCCUACCGGUGAUUUUGUAAAUUUGCUAGCUUUACCAUAUUUGACCUUGUGGAGUGCAAAUCUGUGGUCUUUAACUCAUAUUAGUAUUUCAAUGUUUUAUGAGCUCCAACAGGGAAGAAAAAGAAGAAGCCAAACUUCAAUAUUAAAAGAAAAAAAUUCAUAUGAUCAAUGUGUCUUGCUUGCUUGUGAAGUUCAACCUUCAUAUGGGGGAUAAGGUCGAUACUAAUGGAAAUUCCACUAGCAAAGAAUAAUUUGUGUUAUCAAGGCUUGCUUGUGCCUUUCAGUUAGAUGCUCAUUUAGAAAUUUGAAAGUGUCAAUAUUCUUGGUCCAAACUAACAACUUCGAGGUCGUGCUUAUCUCUGUUCAUGAUGCGGCCUCUUUGUAGUACAAAGGAAGAUAUGUUUUGGAAAAAGUUCCACACGAUGACACAAUGCCACUAUGCUUGGAUUUGGAUGGGCCGGCUCCAGAUCCCAGACUUAUUGAUGGACCUCGAGGGAAAAUCUUUGAACCAUAUGUUGCUAAUAUUUUAUGAAUUUCGGGUUCCAACAUACCCAUUCACCUGCAGAAAAAUGGUUGAUUUGUCUUCUGACCUUCAAUGCAUCUUGUGGACUGUCACCUUUUGUAUUGUCUUGAGUUGUUCUCUGGUUUUCUUCACUAAUCUAAACAAGUUCUUUUUUUCAA